UAGAUAUUUCUUUUGAGUUUGUUUCUCCUCUUUGUUUAGGUCCUUACCAUUUAUCUGCUGAAAUUUUGUGAAUGAUUCUAACAUAUCUAAGAUCGAAUGAGUUUUCUUAAGACUGUAUCUUCUCCAUAUUCAAAGAGUUGGUUCCUUUAUCCCUGACUUUCAAAAUGUGUUUUUGUUCUCUUCCUCUUCUUGUCAAUUUGGCCUGUCUGUUUCGUCGCCCAAAUUUGGAAGCUAUGUGGUGAUGCAUUAUUUGCAUGCUUGAUCUUUUUUUGUUCUGUAAGCAAGGCAAAUCCUUAGGACAAGCCAAAGUGUGUAACUAUGAUUGAACCAUUCCUCUUUCCCUCUAUAUUUGUCACUUGCAGACCAGACCUGUAUUGAUAAUCUUACCAUAAAAAAAAUUAUGUGUGUAUGUUGAUCACACUUGUAGAUAAAUCAACUUACAGUAUUUGGAUUUUGAGUAAUCAGAACAGGGUUACCAAAACCGGAAUUUCGAAAUUCAGUUCGGUUUCAGAUUUAUACGUCACCAAAUUACUUUAGACGUGUUUUAGGUUUCUCGGUUCGGUGUGGUUUGGCUUUUAAACCUAAACUUAACCAAAAAAAACCUAAACUUAAAGUUUUAUGUUCGAGAGAUUCGAAGACCAAACCUCCUCCUAAGCAACAGACACUAUUCAUCUUCCAUCUCCAACUAGGGAACGGCAAAACUCCGACGACCCUAAAGAUAAACGACGUCGUUUAGCAUAUGAGUUUUAACAUCCACAAAACGGCGUCAUUUUAGAUGGAUUGCUUUCUUAUUCUGCCGUGCCGAGACGAUUUGCGAGGAAGCUUGGAGCUUGUUGCUUGUAGUUCGUUGCGGCGUUUGUCUGAAUUUUGUGGUUAGAAAAUUUCUUUGUAUCUUCUUUCAUUGGAUUCUUUGCUUCCUCAAGAGGUUUCGUUACUUACUCACUCUGGUGAAGCCGAGUAUAAAGAUAUGACAACAGUAAAAGAGGACCAUUGUGAGGAUUCUCCUCAGAUGUAUAUGGGAUUUGCUCUAGACCAGGCUAGACUUGCUCUGGAGGCUCUUGAAGUUCCCGUGGGAUGUGUUAUUCUUGAGGAUGGUAAGGUCAUUGCUUCAGGGCGAAACCGAACAAAUGAGACACGCAAUGCCACAAGACAUGCAGAGAUGGAAGCAAUUGAUCAACUAGUCGGACAAUGGCAGAAAAAUGGACUCUCACCUUCACAAGUCGCUGAGAAAUUCUCGAAAUGCAUUCUUUACGUAACAUGCGAACCUUGCAUAAUGUGUGCAUCGGCUUUAUCGUUUUUCGGUAUAAAGGAAGUGUAUUAUGGAUGUGCAAAUGAUAAAUUUGGUGGAUGUGGUUCGAUCUUAUCGCUUCACGUAGGCAGUCCUCAGCCGUCUGAUACUCGGGAAGAAGCUCAGAGAGGCAAAGGGUACAAGUGCAGAGGAGGAAUCAUGGCAGAAGAAGCUGUCUCUCUUUUCAAAUGUUUCUAUGAGCAAGGCAAUCCCAACGCCCCAAAGCCACACCGCCCGGUAAUUCAAAGAGAGAGGACUUGAGGUUCAUAGGACUCUGCAUUGAAAGCUUGCUCUACAGAACAAAUAACAUGAUUUGGGGACUGUAAGAACAACAUCAAACCACUUAACAUUGCCCCAAAUCUCAUCUCAAUCGCGUCUUACAAUCCAAGAAAGAGACUCUAACGGGGUGUAUUCAAAGUAGAAUUUUAGGAGAUUUGUGUAGGACUUAUAAAUCUAGUGUUAUUCAAACAUAAAAAUUCUCAUGAAAUCCACUGUUAUUCAACUAA